AUGCUCGCGCCACGUCAAGAUAGCGUUGAUAUGGUGGAACCGUCCAUGCUGGUAUUGGUUCUCUCGCUUCUAAUUGAGCUGGGUAUGAUUGGAAGUCUACUAUUUACUCUCUAUUACACCGUGCAUUACCGCUCCGGCCUACAGGAGCCCGACAAAGUCCAUCGCAUUUGGAGUCGCAUCAGCGAGAUUCGCCUCCAGCCUAUCCCGAAGCCGCUGCUGUUUUCGUCAAUUAUCUCAUAUGGAUCCAAUUCCGUGUUUACAAUUGUGCUUGCAUUUCUUCCUGUUCUUCUCAAUUUUCACUUUGCCAGCCACGGCAUGAUCUCCGUGCUGUUCUUGCUCAUCAUUACCGUUGGGUCUUGUGCACUGGCAAUUGUUACCUAUCUGGUGGGUGGCGGCAGCAAUUGGAAGACAGCUGUCUGGGGGUCUUCCGGACUGCAUCUGGCAAUGUACUUUUACUACAUUUUCUUUGCCGACGCGGUCAGCCAGGUGCUUGAGGAGAGCCAUCGCAAGAACAUUCCCAUGACGAAGAACGCUGCCAUCGUCACGCUAUAUGUUGUGAUUCCGAUCUGUACGGUAGCGAUGCAAUUUCUCUUAAGCUGCUGGGUGGCCUACUUGAAUAUGCCCUCCACUGCCCGCAAGAUCUACAACAACACUGUUGUUCCUAAUUGGGUCAAACUUGACAGAUCAAUCAUGAUCGCAACUGUGCCACUGUUUGUUGUUCAUCUCGCGGGCCUGUUGAUCCAGUCGUUCGUUGGUUACGGCUUUUACCUGUCCCGCGUGGUCUACUAUUUGGCCACGCUCAUGAUGCUUGCCGUCUCGGGCCUGGUGUCUAUCAUUUCGGUCAACAGGGCACUACUUGCAAAUGAGUUCGAGUGGCAGUGGCGGGCGUUUUUGACCCCGGCUAUCCCCCUUGGCUGCAUGGACGUCGUCCUGGCCCUGAUCUUGACGAUUCUCGGUAAGAACGAGAGCUUUUUCCUGUCGCUUCUGCAGUGUAUUCGCCUCUUCUUUGGCUACGGAACAUGCGGCGCUUUGGCUGCCUAUGUUUAUUUGCUCGUGGCCGAGAAGUACGCCCAGACGUACGUUGACGAAGACGUUGCUGCUCAGACCGACUUGCUCGGCGAGUUUGCCGAUGAUGAUGAUAACGAAGAGCUCGAAGUUUGA